UAUGAAGAAAAUAAUUGAAAGUGUAGAUCUAAACUUUAAAAAUGUUUAGAACUAUUUCAAUUUAAUAGUUAGUGAGUAGCAUAUACAAGAAAACCCAUCAAGAACUUGUAACAUAUAUGAUAUAACCAAAUCUUCAUUUUAUUGUCUUUCGGUCACAAUUUGGUUAUAUUGACACAUCAAACAUGGAGACAAAGCCUGCCUUGAGUGCCGCUGUUCUUGAAGCUCUUAACGAAAACAAUUAUUUGGAUUGGAGUGUUCAGUUGAAGACGUACUUGAUGGCUCAAGAUCUUUGGGAGAUUGUCGAAUCAAGGAGCGACCCUCCUGCACCGGAAAUUGAAGCUGCUUUUAAGGCUUGGAGCAAGACUAAUGCCAUGGCCUUACAUGUGAUCCAGAUGUCAUGCCAGCCAAACAGAUUUUCUGAUAUUAGGGAGAUUAGCUCAGCCGGAAUUGCUUGGUAUACCUUGGCAGAAAAGUACAAACCUAAAAGUCCUGACCCAAGUAGCAGUAUUGCUCCAGUUCCUCUGAGAAAAGACGAGCUUCUUGACUCAAGUAAGUCAGGAGAAAAUGACAAGAAGGGAAACAUUAAUGAUGAUGUCGAGAUUUACACGGAGUUAAACAAAGCUUUGCAAAGUGGUGAUUGGAAUGCUGCAAAGGAGUUCCUUAAUACCCAUCCGCAUGCAAUAAGUGCAAAAAUCACAGAUACGAACAAGACGGCUCUUCAUGUUGCUGCUGAAGCUGGACAUGAGCACAUAGUGGAGGAGUUGGUGAACAUAAUGUCUGAAGAAAAUUUGGAAAUAAAAGAUUUUGAAGGUUUCACAGCUCUAGCUCAAGCAUCUUUUCGUGGAAGCUACCGAAUGGUAGAAUGUAUGCUUGGAAAGAACAAGAACUUGACCAGCAUGGGACACGACGAGGGAAAUAUUCCUCUUAUUCUGGCCCUUUACAAUGGGCAAUUAGAUUUGGCUCGUUAUCUCUAUUUGCUCACUCCACUAGAAAUUCUAGUGCCAGAAAAUGGCACCAUGGGGGCUGCGAUUGUUUCCGAGGCUAUAUAUAACAAAGCUUUGGAUAUUGCUUUGGAUUUAGUCAAGCUUUGUCCACGUUUGGCUAUUGCUCAAGACAGAAUUGGUUACUGUCCUUUAUACGCACUGGCUUGUAUGCCUGAUUAUUUCCUAGGUGGAAAUCAGCUCGUAUUUUGGAAACGAUGGAUCUACUCUGGUAUCCAUAUUCAAUCGGCUGGUCCCAUCAAUGAAAUUCGUCUGAACAUUCAAAAAUCAGCAGGAAACCUAAGCAAUGAUAAAGAAAUUAUUGGAUCAGGGCUAUCUUCAUUGAGCCAGCUAGUUUCAAAUCUCCGAACUCUUUUCGGUAUCAAGCAUCUAUAUGAAAUGAAGUUAGCCCACUUCCUAUCCAAUGAACUCCUGAGAUGCAUGAGGGACCAGUUAUCAAUUUCAAAUAUUCAACAAAUAAGGGCUGGUCGCGUUGAAGAUGCCAUCCUCCGUGCAACAAAGGAAGGGAUUUUUGAGAUUGUUUUUGAAAUGGUGAAAGCGAAUCCACAACUUGUGUGGAGCCAUGAUGCAAGAUCAAGAAACAUUUUUUCGGUUGCUGUCGAAUAUCGUCGAGCCAAAAUCUUUAGCCUUAUUCAUGGUCUUAAUAUUGAAAACGGUUUGGCGGGUUUUCCAGAUUUCACCAACAAAAAUAACUUAUUACAUAUGGCAGGGAUGUCAGCAGCUUCUACAUCACUUAAUCAGAUCCCAGGUGCAGCUUUGAAGAUGCAAAGAGAACUACAGUGGUUUAAGGAGGUUGAGAGCAUUGUCCCUUCCAAGUCUCAUGGAUUUUUAAACAAAGAGGGUUUGACUCCCCGACAAUUGUUUACAAAGAACCAUGCAGACAUGAUGAGCAACGGAGAGAAAUGGAUGAAGGACACAGCAUCUUCUUGUACUGUGGUGGGUGCUCUCAUUGUAACCAUAAUGUUUGCUGCAGCAUUUACUGUUCCAGGUGGUAACGACCAAAAUAAAGGCUUCCCAAUUUUCUUAAAUGAAAAAUUAUUUAUGGUCUUUAUAGUAUCCGAUGCUCUCUCACUCUUUUCUUCCUCAACUUCAGUCUUGAUGUUUUUGGGAAUCCUCACAUCUCGUUAUGCAGAAGAAGAUUUCCUUAAGUCCUUGCCUAAAAAAAUGAUAAUAGGCCUUUCUACCCUUUUCUUCUCUAUUGCAGCCAUGAUGAUAGCCUUUUCUGCUUCUCUUUUUCUUAUGCUACGUGAACAAUCAUGGAUUUUCAUUCCUGUCAUUUGCUUGGCUAGUGUUCCUGUCACCCUUUUUGUAUUGAUGCAAUUUCCCCUUCUUGUUGACAUGACCAUUUUAACCUACCGACCUCGCAUCUUCAAUAGGAAAAUGGAGCGUUGGUUUUAACAUAUUCAUUGAAUAUGCUAUAUGAUGUACAAGUGUUCUGUUAAUAAUUGUCUUACACCAGGCAAACCUUUUUUUUAUUUUCUUGGAUUGUAACUGCUGAAUGUUUAGCUCCAAUUGCACACUUUAUGGUUCUUUCGUCUUAGAUAGAUUAUAACUCUUUCAUGUAAAUCAUACAGCUAUGUUGCUAUUCUUCAAUAUUUAUUCUUUUAGUUACUUUGGGGAUGGGUAGAAUAAUACCUAAUAUUUUAGUAGAUUAUCCCCUCAAGCCUCAAUAUUAGGACUUUACCUAGCUUGGAAAUUAAAUAAAGAGGUUACAAGUACUAUUUUAUUUAUUAAUAUAAAGGGAGUCUUUGAUAUCA